GGAAAACUGGAGAGGUCCAUUUUGGGGGUCUACUGUAAAGAAGCCCAAUCCGACUAUCAGUUUCAUCCAACAUUGACAUGCUUCCCUUCCAAUUCAACUGUUCGAAUCCAACUGUUCUAAUCAGGUAAUCCGCAAAACCUUCCACCGAUCCCUGCAUCAAAUUCACAAACCAUUCCCCAUUAGGAGUAGAUUUAUACGGUGAUCUCUUGCUUAUUCAUCACCUAUCAUCAGAACCCCCUUUUCCGAUGGCGAGAAUUGGGAGAAUCGGCAGAAAUGGUGGAGCAGCACCCAUCAGUUCAACUCUUUCUAUUUUAUUAUUGCUGUUGAUGUCCCUUGCUUCCAAUUCUCUCGCUUACAGACCUGGAGACAUCGUACCCAUGAGCAAGAGCGGCCAAUACCACUCUUCGAGAACAGUUUUGCAUGACAUGAUUGGUCGCCACUGCCCAAUCUUUGCUGUAAAUCGUGAGGCUUUAAUUCCUAUACCGAAACCAACUGGCUACACUGGUGCUGAUCCGUAUAAGAUAUCAUUUCAAGUUGGAAGAGAGAAGUUUUUGAUUCCAUGGCUUUUGGUGAUAAAUCGAAAGGGCCCUGAGGUUCCCAUGAUUGACGUUCUUUUGAGGUACUCUGGGAGCGAUUUGCUUGGUGUCACUGCCAAAGUUGUAGAUAUGCCACAUCACUAUCUUGAAAUACAUCCAGACAUCCGUAGCCAAUUUUGGAAUCCACAACAUUGGCCGAAGCACGUGCUUGUCAGAUACACAUGGAAAGAACAGUCAGAGAUAGAUGUGACUUCUGGAUUUUAUGUUCUGUUUGGAUCAGGGCUUCUGAUGACAUUUAUUCUCUCGAUAUACAUCUUGCAAUCCUCUCGUGAUAAAUUUGCUAGGUUUGUGAUGGAAACUGUUGCAGAAACGAAUAUGCCUGCUGAGGGAGUGGCGAAGGUUGAGUGAUAAAGCUCUAUAAAGUUCUCCAACCGAUAUCUUUAUGUUCAGGCCUCUCAAAGACUAAAGAAUUUGAAUGAAAUCGCUUAGAGGAGGUUCGAAGACAUGUUUCAGCAACAUUUUUUUUGAUUGCUCCAAAAAAGGAGAGUCUAGCGACUGUUUGUUUUUCUCCAAUUUCCGCUUGGAGGUUGUGAGGAAGUGUUUCGUGACUUGUGUAAUAGCAGAAGACAGUGAGACUUUGACCUCUGUUCGUCCGCGAAAGAACUUCCCGAUACAAAACCAAAGUACUAAUUCUCUAGAAAGAAUUUCAGGCUGAUGUGGAGGAUCAUAGGUAUCAUGGUGCAAAUCUUGCAUAUGUGGGCAUGUACCCCGUGAACUGUAAACUGAUUUCCCCCCCUCAAAGCUCUUAGCUUUGGGGGUGUUUCCAAUAGAAGUGGAACAGAUUUUAGAUUA